GACGUCACUGUGGCGCGCCGGUCGCGGGAGGGGCCCCGUCGCGACUGUGUCCCCUCGGGUCCUUGAGCCGGUGCUGACCGCGGAGCCAUGGCCUUGAGGCUGCUGAGACUGGUCCCCGUGUCCGCGACCUCUCGGGGCCUCGCGGCGGUCGUCCAGCGCGUGUUUUUACUGAACGUGGGAGGAAUUCAUACAAGUGUCCAGUGCAAGCUGCAGUACGGCCCGCUGGCAUACCUGCUUGGUGAAAGAACGACCAAAAAGCUGACAGAAAAGAGCAAAGUGAUAACUGUAGAUGGCAACAUAUGUUCGGGGAAAGGCGAGCUUGCAAAAGAAAUAGCAGAGAAGCUAGGCCUGAAGCACUUUCCCGAGGCGGGGAUCCACUACGCAGCCAGCACCACCGGGGAUGGGAAACCCCUGGACAUACAGCUCAGCAGCAACUGCAGUUUGGAGAAGUUCUACGAUGACCCGAAAAGUAACGACGGCAACAGCUACCGCCUGCAGUCCUGGUUGUACGCCAGUCGCCUCCUGCAGUACGCGGACGCCUUGGAGCACGUGCUGAGCACAGGGCAAGGUGUGGUGUUGGAACGCUCCAUCUACAGUGACUUUGUCUUCUUGGAGGCGAUGUACCGACAAGGCUUCAUCCGGAAGCAGUGUGUGGACCACUACAACGAGGUGAAGAAGGUCACCAUUUGCGAGUACCUGCCCCCUCACGUGGUCAUCUACGUCGACGUGCCCGUUCCCGAGAUCCAGAGCCGGAUCCAGAAGAAGGGAAACCCACAUGAGAUGAAGAUCACCUCCGCCUACCUUCAGGACAUCGAGAAUGCCUAUAAGAGGACCUUCCUUCCCGAGAUGAGUGAAAAAUGCGAGGUUUUACAGUACAGUGCAAGGGAAGCUCAAGAUGCAGAAAAGGUGAUCGAGGAUAUUGAGUAUCUGAAGUACGAGAAAGGCCCGUGGCUGGACCAGGACGACCGCACUUUCCACAGUCUGAGGAUGCGGGUUCAGAACAAGUUGGAGGUGCUGAAUUACACAACCAUCCCUGUCUAUCUCCCAGAGAUCACCGUCGGCGCUCACCAGAGUGACCGGGUCUUCCAUGAGUUCACGGAGAUUUCACUUCUGGCGUCGCCUUCCCCUUCACGGUACAUCCUCCAUAAGGAGGGAAGCAUGGUGAAUGGUGAACUUAGAGAACAUUGCAAGUUCUGCCUUGGAACCUGGCCGCUGCCGGGCCGCAGGUACAGCCCCGGGUACAACAAGGACGUGGGGGACAAGUGGAUCUGGCUGAAGUGACGGCCGCCUCCGUGGAAGCUGCCUCGCGAGGAUGAAGCUGCACCCAGGCCGCCUGACCCCCCUGGAUGCCACGUAGCUUAAAAUCGGGGGUGGGAGCGAAUGAUCCUGAAGUUGCGCAGUGGAAGAGACGGCCCAGCAAACAGCAGUCUGCCCUGCAGUGUAGUUACGGGGGUGGAAGGAGGCACCCCCAUUUAAGGGGGGGCCCUCCAGCUUUAUUCUGGGAUAAUGAUCACUGGGGAGAAACAGUCUGCUGUGAAAGAGCAGGUAUCACUUGGAGAAUCUCAUUUCAUCACAGUCGUGCUCUGUGUCAGGCAGGUUUUGUACAUUGUGUGUUCAGACUUCAAGAAAUAAAACCGUUUCUAUGGCA